CGCGACUUUGCCGACAACUGUCAUACUCAACCGUCAUCCGCAGUUGUCAUCGUAUGACACUAUAGUGAUUUAACAGUGCUGUUUGGUUAUUUUUGUUUUCGUUUUUCAAGACGGUGCUUAGAGAAUCAACCAUGUUCGCCAAAGUUGCGGUGUGUUUCGCUUGUAUCGUUGUGGCCGCCCGAGCUCAAUACUACUCAGCUGCUGCGCCUGCUUACUCUACACUGGUGGCCGCUCCCGCCGUGGUGCACGCAGCGCCUGCGACCGUCUACCAACCGGUCAACCCGAACCCAGCGUACAGCUACAAAUACGGCGUCAGCGACCCGUCCACCGGCGACUACAAAUCGGCCGAAGAGAGUCUGUCCAACGGCGUGGUGCAGGGACAGUACAGCCUGUCGGAACCCGACGGCACCGUCAGGACCGUGUCGUACACCGCCGACGACGUCAACGGAUUCGUGGCACAAGUGUCCAAGGGCGCAAAAGUCGCCGUGCCGGCUGCCCCAGUGUACGCGCCGGCCGCUCCAGUGUACGCGCCGGCCGCCCCAGUGUACGCGCCGGCCGCCGCUCCAGCUGUUUACCAUGCCCCGGCCCCGGUUUACCAUGCCGCGCCGACAGCCUACGCUCCGGCGCCCGCCGUUUCCUACCCUUAUGCUUUCAAGCGUCAAGUGUAACUCUUCUACGUAUAAACCAUCUACUAUGUCAUCCUCAAAACUCACUAUUGACUUUGUACUUAUACUUCUAUUCCACGUGUUUCCUAUACAGAUCCAAUAAUUUGUUUCUAUCAUAUACUCUACAUAAUUUCGCAUAUUAUAGAUUUUAAUAUUAUAUAGUUCUCUUAUUGUUUUGUAAUUAGUUACGUUUACAUACUAGACAAAUAUAUUUAUAAAUAUAUAUAUAUAUACAAUAUA